ACCGCCUACUUCUCGUCACCCCCCACUGGCACUGCAACUCCGACUCGUCUUCCUCCUUGUCUCGUCUUCGGCUUCGUCUCAUCUUAGACUAUAAAGCAAGCCAAGCCUCCUGUCCGGACAAGAACAAGAGGAAGGCCAAAAGGGAGCCAAAAAGGCCAGGCCAAAAGGCAGAAUCCACGAGACGAGACCACGAGAGAGAAGCAGGAGGGAGGAGAGGAGAGUUUGCGUCCCUCCACUUGCCAUCUCCCCUACUCUCCCGCUUCGCGCUCUUCGUCAUCUUCCUCUUCCUGCGCUUGGGGGCUCUCCAUUCCAGGUCCAGGGUUCAGAUUCAGAUUGGGGCGCCGCCGCAGUCCUACCGUGCUGCUCUCCCUCACGACGACGAGGAUGGGGCAGGACGGCCACCAGAUCCGCCGCCACAAGCUCAUCAUCGACACGGAUCCCGGCAUCGAUGAUAGCAUGGCAAUCCUAAUGGCGUUCAGAGAACCAAGCGUGGAAAUCAUUGGGUUGACGACCAUAUUUGGCAACGUCAGCACGGAGGGUGCAACACGUAAUGCGCUGUUGCUGUGUGAGAGAGCAGGGCAUUCUGAAGUUCCAGUAGCAGAGGGAAGCCCUGAGCCCCUAAAGGGAGGAAAACCCCGUAUUGCUGAUUUUGUUCAUGGGUCAGAUGGCAUUGGGGAUCUGUUUCUUCCUGAACCCACUACUAAGAAGGUUGAGGAAAGUGCUGCUGAGUUCUUGGUCAAUAAGGUCUCUGAGUUUCCUGGAGAGGUCUCUGUACUCGCUUUGGGGCCCCUGACAAAUGUAGCAUUGGCUGUCAAAAGAGACCCUUCCUUUGCAAGCAAGGUGAAGAAAAUAGUUGUACUGGGUGGAGCUUUCUUUGCGGCAGGAAAUGUCAACCCUGCAGCCGAAGCAAAUAUCCAUGGAGAUCCAGAAGCAGCUGAUAUAGUUUUUACCUCAGGAGCAGAUAUUGUUGUGGUUGGCAUUAACAUAACGACUCAAGUCUGCUUUACAGAUGAGGAUCUCUUGGAGCUAAGAAACUCGAAAGCGAAGCAUGCACAGUUCUUGUCCGAUAUGUGCAAGUUCUACAGGGAUUGGCAUGCCAAGUCUGAUGGUUUCCACGGAAUUUUCCUUCAUGAUCCUGUGAGCUUUAUGGCUCUAGUUCAUCCUGAGUACUUCACGUUCAAGAAGGGUGUGGUGAGAGUGGAGACCCAGGGCAUUUGCACUGGUCACACUUUGAUGGAUCAGGGAUUGAAAAAGUGGAAUUCAGAGAAUCCAUGGUCAGGCUAUAAACCGAUUUCAGUCGCAUGGACUGUGGAUGUGCCGAAGGUUAUCAGCUUUAUAAAGAAGCUGCUCAUGGCACCAUGAGAAAUUGCAACCAUUUAAAAAUGCCCUCGCUUUCUAAUGUCCAAGAAAAUUUGACAAAUACAGACAGAGCCCUCUAUCCCAGCUGCCUUGUAAUUAGUUGCUGGACAGCAGGAAGCUUUCUUCAGUGUUCUGAGAAACAUGGGAAGCUUCCUUGUGAAAGGUUAUUGAAAGUAAAUUCUGCAUAGGACAGCAUUGUUCCAUUGUUUCACGUAUUUGUACCAUUAAUACAUUCUGAGUAUGAAAUGAAGUUUCCCGCAUGCACCGCAUACUUUUCUCAAA